CAUUACAAAGUUGUACUUUCAUUUAGCUUGGACAUAACUCAUUUGUAAUUGUACGGAGCUCCAUAGUAUUUAACAUGUAUCUAGACAAUUCAUGAUAAUACUCUGAAGGCACUACUGUAGUAGGCCUAGGCUAGCAAAGAGUGCGUUCUGUUUUACGGUGUUGCAUGUAUUGUCAGUUUAGUUAGUGAAACCCUUUUUACUCCACCCAACACAGGAUGUCAUGUUCUCCAGCACAAGAAACAACACUCGUCCCGCAGACCCGUUGGACCCACUGUCCUCGAUGGUCGUUUUUUCUCCUGCUUAUCUUUUGUCCAAUUCCAAAGGUUCUCUGUGUUGUGCCUAUCGGAGUCUAUCUGCUGUUGUUACAUUCAAGAGCAACAAUGUCACGUUGGAAGGAUGAGCUAGAGAGGCAGUUUUCGCCCAGCCAGUGGUCGCACAGAAUGUCGGCAGACGACGUUAUCAAAUCCCACGUGACGGCGCUCAAAGAAGGUACGGAGCGUGCCCGUGGCCUGGCCCAGACCCUCCUCAACGUUCCCUAUGGAGAAGGAGAGGGGGAGAAACUAGACGUCUAUGUUCCCACCACCACUUCUCUAGAUGUCCCACUGGUGAUCUACCUCCAUGGAGGCUACUGGCAGUUCCUUAGUAAGGAGGAGUCCGGGUUUAUGGCCGUCCCAUUGGUCCAUAAGGGCGUCGUGGUGGUCGCCGUGGGUUACGACAUCGCUCCCAAAGGGAACAUGGACGUGAUGGUGUCUCAGGUGCGGAGGAGUGUGGUGUCCGUCAUUCAACAGUAUUCACACAUUAGUGGUCUGUACCUGUGUGGCCACUCUGCGGGGGCCCACCUGGCUGCUAUGAUCCUCUCUACAGACUGGUCUCAGUACAGUGUGACCCCUCAGAUCAAAGGUGCGUUCCUGGUCAGUGGUAUAUAUGACCUCCUGCCCAUCCUGUCCACCUAUGUCAACGAGCCUCUGAAGAUGACAGAAGAGGUGGCUCUGAGGAACAGUCCUAGUCAGCUGGUUCCGCAGCUCAAACUCUCCUCCUCCGACUGUGACAUCGUGGUUGCCGUGGCGCAGAACGACUCGCCAGAGUUCCGGAAGCAGUCGGAGGACUACUACAAAGCUCUGGAGUCAACAGAAGGACUGAAGGUAACAUUGGAGGACGUUCCAAACACAGAUCACUUCAACAUCAUCGAGCAGCUAGUCGACGGAGACUACCACCUCACUCAGCUGCUGUUAAAGAUGAUGGGGAAGAGCUAAAGAGAUACAGGGACACCGGCCAAUCAAUGAAGAGAUACAGGGACACUGGCCAAUCAUUGAAGAGAUACAGGGACACUGGCCAAUCAUUCAUUUACAUAUCAACCACAAACACCUCUGUUCUGAUGGCUAUUGGCUAAACAAGGUGGUUAGGUAAGAGGUAUUAUGUUUUGUGUUACAGAACCUCCGGGGUGAAGAUUCCCUUAGUUACAGUUCUUGGAUCAGUUUUGAUUCCUCUUAACUUGUUUUUUAAACCCAAAAUCCCCUCCCCACGCGGUCUUACAGUAACAACCAGAUGAAACUAAGUUUGCAUCCCAAAUGGCACCCUAUUCCCUAUAUAUAGCGCUCCGGUCAAAAGUAGUGCACUAUACAGGGAACAUGGCACCAUUUAGGAUGCACCCUAUCUCACCGUCUGACCCAGUACUAUCUCACACUGCACUAUGGAUUUGUCCCAAAUGGCACCCUAUUCCCUAUAUAGUGCAGUACUUUUGACGAGAGCCCUAUGGGUACCUAUGGGCCCUGGUUAAAUGUAGUGCACUAUAGAGGGAAUAGGGUGCCCAUUUAGGAUGUAACCUCUUCACUCUGUUACUGCUAUAACAACUGGUUUGGGGUCAGCUCUUAGGAAUCUUUUAAGGAAAUGGUCAAACUGAUCCUGGACCAGCCAAAGUUUGACAACAUAAUAUGCAUCCCAAAUUGUAUCCUUAUAUAGUUCACUAGUUUUAACCAGGUCUAUUUCACUAGGUAGGGUAUAGGGUGCCAUUUGGGACUGAAGCAUAGCCUGCCAGGAUAAAGUAGCAACACUUGUUUCCAGAGCGAGUGAGAUAGCUAAUCAGUUAACCAAUCACUAUGCACAAAUUAAUAUUGUCUUCAUGGCAAUUUUGCCAAUGCCAGUCGAUUUCAUUGCUUGUUUUAGUGGCACAGUGUAGUUGAUAACGCGGCGACAGCAGCACUUUUUUGUUUCUUUGUAUUGUUACAUCACUUCCUGUGUUUGUUUCUAAACCUCUCUGAACCAUAGAAAUAGUCCACCCAUUAUGGCGUCGUUGACUUGAAUAAGGAGGCCUGUUCUCUGAACUAUAUUGACUGGGAAUCUUUCCCCACUACUUUAUUCCCCUGUCAUUAGAACCAGGGUUCUCUGAACCAUAUUGACUGGGAAUCUUUCCCCACUAUGUUGUUCACCUGUUAUUAUAACUUUAUUCACCUGUCAUUAGAACCAGGGUUCAAAUUAUACAUUGGCUCUUGGGGGUGCAUGAACGACGAGGGUGUUCAGUCUGGCCUACCCCCCCCCCCCCCUGUAAUUCAAACCCUGGUUAUUUUCUAAAGGACAUGAACAGGGUCUGGACUUCUCGUGUUAAGAUUAAGUACAUGACAUGAAUUGAAAUCAGUAUGACGAAAGGUGAAUGUUGGCAUUCAAGAGGGUACGUCUCGAAUGGUGAAAAGUAGUGCACUAUAUUAGGGAAAAGGUUGCCAUUUUGGACAUAUGUCAAUGUUUACCUAUAUAAUUGUCAGAUGUGUGUUACACAGGGAAUUAAUUGUAACAUUUACCCCAAAAUAACCUUUUGACACUUGAACUUGUCUCUCACAAUCUAGAACUAAGGAAUACUGUAUUUUGUUUAUUAUUCUACCCUAAUAUGAAAUUGUCAAUCUAGAUUUGCACACUAAAAUGUAAUAAUUGUUUUAUGUGGGUCAUUAUGCUUCUUUGUCUAUUAGCCUAAAUGCUUGUUUACAUUAUUGUUUACAUGACAUGACUAGUAAUAAUGUUGGUGGGAGAAUUAUGUAAAAUAUCACAAUAAAUGUGUAUGUCAUAGAAGUGUG